AUGCUAAAUCGCAUUAGAUCUUCGAGAUUGGGGGCUCACGUACAGGCCAUAUGUCACUGGAAUUCUACCGCAACACACCACUUGCCAACUGGAUGUGGCAGAAUAGUACGAAGAAAUUUCCACUCAGAUUUCACUUUAUUCGAAAAAGCGAAAACUGCUCGAGAUAUUAUCAAGUUGGUCAACUCAAGCUCCUUGACUGAAGCAGAAAGCUCUCAAAACAUCAGUGAAUUACAAGCCGCGCGAAUGCCAGACUGGAAACGCCAGAAGCUAUCUUUGAAACGGAAAUUUCAGGGCGAAAAGUGGAACCCGAAGAAAAAGCUGUCGCGGGAACAAAUGGAAAGUCUGAGGCUUCUAAAGCAACAAUUCCCCCACAUGUCAGCCUCUCAAUUAGGGGACCAUUUUAAGGUAUCUCCUGAGGUGGUACGACGGAUUCUCAAGUCCAAGUGGGCCCCGGAUGAAUUGGAAAGGUCCAAAAUACAAGAGCGAUGGAAACGCAGAAGCGAACGGGUCACCCAGCUGUACGAAAAUCACACCAUACAGGGACCGCCAUCUAAGAAGCUGAUACUUGGAUCGGGACGCUCAGCUGCGAAUCUCACGGUACAAGGCAUCAAAAAAACCACCAGGCCAGCUGGAAACGAUUCAUCAAAAUUGUCAGGAAGCACGCACGCCAAAAAGAAACUGCAGUUACUUUCAAAACUGGUGGAGCAGUAG